CAUUUUCCGACUUCCGUUGUCUUGAAUCUUGAUUGAUUUUAUUUUAUUAUUGUUGAUUAAUAUUCAUUGUCUUUGUUGUUCUAUACCUAAGUAGUAUUGAUUGCGUUUUAUUCAUCGUUUUUUGUCUCGGAAAUUCAAGUAUCUGGAUUGCUUUUUGGUGGAAGUAUAACUACGAAGAAGUGUGUUCAUGGACUGCUGAUGCUGAUCAUCAACUCUGGAUUCUGUCAGAUGAGUUUAGAUUUCAGAUUAUAAGUACAAUACCAAUACUUUCCGCAGUACUAACGAAUGACUAGCAAACGUGAAUUAUCCGUUACCGAAGGCGAAUCAUCGAAUAAGCGACGUAGACUGGACGUCGAUGUUGACGAAGGAAAUUUAACCAUGCAUUGUACACCUUCACCGUUGAAAGAACUAGCUGCGAUGAGCGUAUCAGUGGCAAUCUGGCGCCAUUCUAACAUCCGUUUCUACAAGAAUCGCGGUUACGCAGCUUUACGUUAUGAUGUUCGAAACGUUCAAAAACAAGAAGAAUCGUACGUUUACGUGCCUCCCUAUGUUCAUCCAACCACUUACGAUAAAGAUAAACAACCUUUGAUGAAACCGAUUCAAGAUUCCAUCGAUGCUUUAGCUCUACCGAAGCAAAUAUCGAACGAUGUCGUAAACCAGUGUAAAAUCAAACAACGCGAAUUGCGUUUAUGGGCGCAUCGUCAUCAGAACUUGAUAUCGUUGAAAUCUUUCGGUAUCGAAGAUAUUCUCUGGAAAGCCAACGGAUGCGUCGAUGAUCUAGCGACCGUUCGAAGUAUAUUAUCGUCGUCUAAACUAAACCCAGCCCAGAAGUUCGAACUAAUGAGCCAGUAUUGUUUAGAAGAUGAUAUGAAAUCGCUACCGAGCUCGGUUCCAGGUUCAUAUAGUUUGGGAAAAUGGAAACUACGCGAACGUUUCAUGCAAUAUUAUUGGAAAUGUUAUUUUUCGAAUACUUUGCAUACAAUCGAUCUCGAGCAUUCUGCGUUAUCGCUCGAUAUGUUCAUGCUCCUGCGUCACGCCGCUUACGCUAACGAAGCAUCCUUCGAGUACUUCUUCCAUCGAUUAAGUAACGCCGAUCAAGUAUCCGCUGCGAUAACUCUGUGUUCUCAAGCUGAUUUCAAAUUCAAAUCCAUUAUGUUAUCUCAGCUCACUAAAGCGCAAUACGAUCAAUGUCUCGCGAGAUCCGCCCAUCACGUUAUAAAGGAGUUCGGAAAAUUCAUCCGGUACGAAGAUUACGUCUCAAAGUUAUGGCUCAAGUAUAAAGAGCAGAUCGAGAAAACCCAGUGGAAUUUUUAUUUAAUUAUACUCGAACUAUAUCGAUGUCCAAAAGUUGACGAAAAUACUCCAGAUCACGUUGACCGGUUACUAUUCGAGAUUUGGGAUACGGCUACCGAGACAUCAAGGCAGUUCAUGUUUACGAGAAGAUUCAACUACAUUCUAUUCCUGCAAACUUCCAGUCGACGGUGGGAAUUUCUACUGAAAAUUUAUUCCAUUUCCGAUAUUCCUGCGAGAAAUGAAAUAGAAUCCGAUGUAUUUUUUAUCGUAUUUUGUCGCUCGUUAAUCGAAUCCCAUCGAUGGUGUUUCUGCGAUACGUUCAUCAAACUGUGCCUAUCCAGCGAAGAUCGAGUAUCGCAGUUCAAAGCGCAUUUAAUGGAGAUCCCAGAAGUAAAAUCGUAUUGUCUGAGAUUAUUCAACGAACAUGGCACAGAACGAUUGGAUGAUUUAUUGGAGACAUUUUUAUCCCCCUGUAACGCCAUCUUGGAUUACAAGAAGUAUCUGUUUCAUUCUCGGACCUUACAGAUCGAUUACUGUGUCGCCGAAUUGAGAUCUGGUCGUAUCGAAAGACUCGUCGAAUUGAUCGAUUACAUCUUCAACGCAGAUUCUCGAAAAGCGAUCUUUUACCGGAUCAAUUUGUCCGUAGAAAAGAAAGUAUUCGAUAUGAUUUGCCAGUUUAUAAACAAUGGCGAAUUCGAUAAAACCAAGGAUUUAAUCGAUCGAUUACUCGUUGAUAUUUUCACCGAAGGAGUUGAUAUAGUCAAGACGAAAUUAGUAUUAACCUACAGAGAUAUCUUGAAAAAUGGUAACUUUUCGCUCUUGAAGAAAGUCGAAUGGGAUAAGUUCUUAUCCUGGUGUUCGGAUGGCGGGAUAAAACUGAUGAGAGAAUUGUUACGAGUCGACGACGUUUUCUCGAAAAUGUUCAAAAUGGUGUUCACGAAGAAACGAGAACUCGAAAUUGAAUCACGAUUGCAAGAUAUCGAUUGCUUUCUACGGUGGUAUUUCGAAUCGAAAAAUGAAAUCGACGAAUACAAAAACAAAAUGGCGUUCGAAUAUCGCCAUAUGUUGACGAAAAAAAUCAAUACGAAGAGUUUACGAGGAUUAUGCGUGAAGAAAUUGAUCUUCGGAUGGUUCUUCGACGGAAAUCAGCGACUGAUUGACGAGUUUAUGGUGAAGAUGAUGUUAACGUAGAUCACGACGAGUUCGAUUUUCAAAAAGAACGAUUUUGGUUUAAAGUUACCAGAAACAGAGGUGCUGGCAGGCUCAGAAUGGCGCAAUUUAAAAAUGCAGCUGAUACGAAUAAAAAAACCAUCAUUGGUACGGAAAAAAGUGCGCAGAUUUUCUCGAAGUUGGAUUCGUUGCUUCAGAGUGUUAC